CUCAGACUCUCAGUAGUGGUUAUCUAGGAAACUAGGACUGGCAGCAACGUCGCACCGACUACGGGCGACGAGCUCGUUGGUCGUUUGGCCACCACCUUCACCACCCGCAGUCUGAGACACUCUGACUUUGCAGAGAGCGACGAGAGCGUCAGUUGGUCUUUGGCCAGGUUCUCGCUAGGACUGGGUGUAUGUGUGUGUUUGUGCGCCCGGCAGAAGGGAUGGUGCCUCCCUUGGGCAAACUUAGCAUUACCGUCGUGCCUUCCCUCUCCACUAACUUGGCACAAGUCCCCAUCAUUUUGGGCCGCUACUCCCCUCUUUAAUUCGUCUAAAUCAGCGUUGUUUUUUCGUUAUUAUUUCUGGUGGUGAAACGAUAGUCGUGUAACAUAGUGCCUUUUCAAAACAAGAAAGAUGCAAGACCCCCUGACGUUAUUUCUAAACUUGCAUUUUAAAGUUUUGGUAAUCUAACUACAUGAUUGAACAAAUCAUUAAAUAUUUUUGUCCCAAUGGGAAGUGAAUGUAAGUUCCAGUUGGACUGACGCCAACUUAAAUUUGCAUAAUAAAACGUUUUAGAAAAGUGUGAUCAUUUAAAGGUAACCCUCGACUGGUGUGGCAUCUUGGCAAUGGCUUCUAUCCCUGCCUGCUGUCUGCUACCAAAAUCGCCGCAUGAAAGAUGGAAUUUUCCUAACUGCCUUGGAGUCAUAGAUUCAAAACAUGUGGAGAUCAAGAAAACAGCGAAUUCUGACUAUGUUUACAAGGCACCUGAAAACCGUCGUCGGUGGUCUAGUGCUGGCGACGUUACUCACUCUGCUGCUCUUCACCACCACCCCCGCUCCCACCACAUUCCUGCUUUCUGCUGCUAACAGUAUUAGGUAUGACAUUCUAUCGCCACAUGCAGUCGAAGGAAAUCAGUGUUUGCCUCAUCAGCAUAUUUUCUUCCUCAAGACACACAAGUGUGCAUCUUCCACCGUCCAGAAUAUCUUCUUACGAUAUGGCUACAACAAUAACCUAACCUUUGCUCUUCCUGGUGGAGGGAACUAUUUAGGAAAUCCUGGAAUGUUCAAGGCUAGUAUGAUCCCCAGAAAACUGUUGCCAGUGGAUGGGAAGGUGGACAUAUUUGCGGUCCACACACGUCUCAAUGUACCUCAGCACACGCUGGUAUUACACAACGAUACCCGAUGGAUAACUAUAGUUAGAGAUCCAGCAACUUUAUAUGAAAGUCUCUUCAACUUUUUCCAUAUGAAGAAUGCAUAUGGGUUAGAGCUUUCCGAAUACAUCGCAGAACCCAUGUCAAAGCUGAUGGCACUACCAAGAUAUGGAGGAAAAUUUGGGAAAAACCAGAUGCUCUUUGACUUUGGAUAUGAAGAUAACAUAUCAGUAACCCAGUUACUUGGAGCAAUUGAUGAACUCGAUAAUCUUUUUGAUUUGGUAAUGAUUACAGAACUGAUGGAUGAAUCACUGAUUCUUCUAAGACAUUUGUUGUGUUGGAGUUUGAAUGAUGUUGUGGUGUUUACAAAAAAUGCAAGGAGACAAGAGGUCAAACCAACUCUUGAUCCCAAAUCAGUACAAACAUUACGAGAACUAAACAGUGCUGAUGUUUUAUUAUAUGACCAUUUUUUAGCUCGACAUCAUCGGGCAGUUUUGGAAUUUGGCAUUAAAAGAAUGGCGGACGAAGUAGCAGCUUUACGUAGUCUUCGAGAAGAGUAUUAUGAAGAUUGUGGGGCUCGUGAAGUGAAAGGAAGAGAUUCUUCACUCCAGUUUAAGGAGUAUUCAGGUCUCGUUAGUGCAUAUGUAACAGCUAACAAUUCAGAUGAAAAUUGUGUGAUGUUGUCCUUGCCAGAACUGCCACUCAUAGAUACAAUAAGAAAUCAUCAGUUAGUUAUGCUACAUGAGAAAGCAUCCUAGCAUAUUGUGAAAAUUGAAAAUAGCUGUUCAUUCCAUUAUUGUAACUGUGAACACAAACUACUAUCCAGCACUUGAUAAUUGUGCUCAUUCAUGGUGUAAAUCUAUAAAGAGCUCUUUCAUGAUUCUUCAUGCACAUGGCUUCCAUUAAUACAUAUCACAUUAUCUAUUUUUGUAAUACUUGACAAAUUACCUAGUAAUAAUAAUGGAUAUGCAGUAGCUUUUUUACAAAAAAUAAAAAACCAAAGUGCCUCUUGUUGCUAUACACUGGAUUGUUAAAGACUUGUUUUACUCAUUUUAAGUGGUUAUAUUUUUCACAAAAAUGUAAAAGCAAACCAUGAUACAUUAUUACUUUAAAUGUUUUUUUUUAAUACACACGGUAUAUCUAUCAGUUCAUAAGCGACCCAAUUAUCAACAAAUUUGUAACGGUAUAUCUGCUGGCAGUUCAUCAAUAACCUGAAUAUCAACUAUUUGUAUUGUAUGGUUUUGUAGUUUGAUGAAUAAUGCAUACAUACAAAUGAAAUGAUUCAUAAAUGUACUUAAUUUUAUAAACUUAAUUUUAUAACUGUACAAAUAUCUGAAUCUGUGUAUUAUUACACAGAUUCCUUCGCGAAAAAAAUACCUUAACAAUUAGACCACACAACUAAAAUCAACAUCUAUUCUGUUGUUCUUGUGCUUUUAAUUGUUUUAAAUAAUUUUUUCUAAUUGUGAAUUAAACAUUUUUAUGUAUGUUAACUAAUUCAUAAAUGACAAUAAAAAUUACUUACUCUCUUCUACAGGCUAAGAAUUGUUAGAAAUUUUGUAAAAGUACAAAUGUGAAUGAAGAUAAACAUUUAUUUUGUGGUUUUGUUAUUGUGUAUUUUUAAAGAUAUACUGACAAAAAUCUUAAGGCAAAACUGUAAUAUGGGGGGAAAGUACUCUGAUUUUACCGUGAUGUCAAUUAUUUUAUACAACUUAAAAAAUGUCCAACACAGAUGGAAAAACCCAACAAGAUAAUUUCCUAAACAAGGAAGUGUUAAGCGUUAACACUGCUUGUAUUUAGGUUACAUAAAGUUGAAAGUAGUAUGUCAUAAAUAGUGUAGGGUAUAGGGUAUGAGAUACAUUGUUAUUUUAGUUGUUGGAUUUUUGAGACUUGUACACCAGUAUUCAGUUGUUGCAAUACAUUUUUAAUAAUCCUUA